CUCCUCACCUUGACCACCUCACCUUGCCCUCUCGGCCAUGUUCUGGCGAAUUCUGAUUGCUUGCGCUGUGAUCCUGUGGGUCUUUGCAGGAACGAUCUUCUACUACUUGAUCCAGAACGAAUCGACGGUGCAACUCUGUGCGGUGUGCCCCUCAAAGACGGAAACGGGAUGGACCUUUGGCCAAAGCUUUUACUAUUCGGUCCAGACGGGUCUGUCCAUCGGCUUCGGCCUUCUGUCCGAGAGCAAGGACUGGAGCCGCGCCUACUCCAUUUUCCAUAUCCUGAUGGGCUCUUCUGUGAUUGCAGGCUGUCUUUCCUGGUUUGCAUCGGCGACCUUGGAAAGACAUUCGUGCCAUUGCGACCAUUCUGAAAGGGAGUUGGCACGCUUUGCACAUGCAUGCCACGUGGACGGCUACGAUGGAUUCAGCUGGGUGAACCUGAGGGACCUGAUGGUCAAGUAUCCACAGUUCGCGGAAGAUUUUGUCUACAAGUUGGACAAGGAUCACCAGAAGGUGACAGAGUUCCAUGAGAAGUUUGAAAAAGCUGGUUUCUAUGAGAAGCAGAACAUGGCCAUCAAACUGAUCCAGCGCGCGCACAAUGAGUUGGGCUGCUUCAAGGACAAGAACGGUCAAAUCAGCAUCGAUGACAUCGUCAAGGUGCACGAGGAGAGUAGUAGCCUCGUGAAGAUCGCGCAGAUGAAGGUGGCCGAGAAUUUGAGUGCAAUUUUGACCUGGGCGGCCUGGUUCAUUUGGAUCGGUUUGGGCGCCAUCGUCGCUUCCACCUCCUGCGGAUGGAGCUGGAUCCGGGGCAUCUACUUUGCUGUGGCCGCCUGCAGUACGGCGGGCCUCGAGGCCAUUUGCUACGCUGGCGAGGAAUAUGUGGUGCUCUCGGGCCUCUACUGCCUGUUCGGGGUGCCGAUCUUCGGCCUGGCCUUGGGCCGAAUCGCUGGCGUCCUGGUGGACAAGCACAUGGCGAGAAAGAACCACCAGAAGCUCCAUGAGAGGAUUACAUCGUCAGAGAUGCAAUUCGCCAAGCACAUUCUGGGCCAUUCUCCGGACUCCAAGAUCGAUGCCUCCGAGUUCUUGCAGAUCCAAUUGCUACGCACCGGCGCAGUGGACAAAGAGACGCUGGAGCAGAUCAAAGACAAUUUCACCCAGUUAGCGGACGGCAAAGACUACAUCACGCGGGACAUGUGUAUGAAGGGCUACGAGCACCGGAUUCACAAACACCGGCCACAGAACAUUGAGACUUCGAUCUGAGGCACCUGCCCAGACAGGGCGGGAAUCGGUGUGUCCUAAGACCUGGAGUGCAAAGCAUCUGAAAAAGCCGC